ACGCCAUUUUAACAUAGGGCUUGUAGUAUCAUUUACGUAAAUUAUGUAGCCGCAGUGUGUUAAAUAAUGAUUAAUAUAGUGCUAUGGGUGUUUUUUGGUACAUUUGUAUUCCCCUUUAAUUAUUGUUCGGGAGAUGAGGCGGUUCCCGUUUAUCUAAAUGUAAAAAAUGCCACAACAACAACGAACGCGAGUACGAUUGAGUGUGACGUCACACAGAAAGACAUUAAAAUCCAGAAAGGCGAUGUAAUUAACUUAAAUGUCACGAGUCAAUUAAUGAUUCAUUUCAAAUCGUGCAUUUUCUAUGAUACUUAUGGAGAAACAACAAUUAUGCAGUUAACAAACCCGAACAUUAAGCAAAAUAAUGGAUUCCAUAAAUACAACUUUGAGUUAUACGUAAGGCAAUCUGGAAAUUGGUUGUGUAAAUUCUUCAUUCAUAAAGAUGUUAGAGUUGUACAGCCUGUGGAAGUAAUUGAGAAUACUAUUUACACUGUAGCAAAAUGCAAUAUGACGAUAUCAAUAUACGAACCCUUGAUCCAGAGUGUGAAAAGCAUGCUCCUUGGCGUUGGUAUUGGGCUCAGUUGGCUCAUUAUACCCAUUAUAGUGAGCAUCAUGUAUUGCAUCAAGCGUAGAGCCAGCCCCGUGCACGAUCUAAAGAGCCUAUCUGUCAUGCAGCGACCCAAACAAGAUAGAGAUGCAGCAAACACAAUGAAUAAUGCUGAUGAUAUUCCAGCUACGGCGAGUAACACAAAUGGUUUAAAAGAAACCGAUAAAACGGCUAAACCGAAAGAAAAAUACAAGUUAAAGAAUGUAGGCAAGAUGUUCUGGCUUCCCGCAAAAUUCAGGAAGACCGUUCAAGACGAAGAUACGCAUGAUGGCGGGGUCCGAAUCGCCUCUGAUGAGAAUACAAAAGCUAGUCGAAAGCAGGCCAAAGAAAAGGAGAAACGUACUUCGUUAGAGAGAAUAAAGGAGCGACCACCUCUACCACUGCCGCUUCCACCUUCAGAGAUCUCCGACGAAGAAUAUGAAGAUAUGUCAGCAGUGCCACACGCUAGGACUCCAGAACCUGCUAAAACCAAACCACCGAUACCAUCUCCGAAAGCCCCGGAAGCAAAUAAACAUGAAUUAAAUAACAAGCUGAAAAAGAAACUACCCGUGCCUCCAACGAAACCCGUGGAAAAACUUCCGAAACCAAUUCCUCCACCGCAAACUCAGAAGAAAUCACUAAAAUCACGUAAAACUUUUUCAGCCUUUAUAACGAAUCCUGAAACAGUCAACGAGCUAGAGAAUGUCCUCAAGAAGAAAGGAAUUGGGCCCAGUGCAAAUACAACGGCAUCCACUCGCUUCAAGGGACUUCUACAUACCCCAUCUCUACCAAUCCAGCCCGCCACUCAAAAACCUGCCCCUCCUUCGGCUGCAGCAAAACCUCCUCUGCAAACAACUCUACAGAAGCCUUGUGGACCUAAAAUACAACCACCUCCAUCCAUUACUCGGAAGCCAACUCUACCUUCGCCAAUGGAUGCACCAGUCCCGCCACCAAUUUCAACACUACCAAGACCCACACAAUCCUUACCAGUUAAAGAACCAGAAGAAGACGACUGUGAAUGGGACGGCGAAGACUGGACAUACGAGCCUUUGCCACAGCAAAAUAUUUACAGCAUGUGAUAACGACGAAUAUAUUUCUAUUUGUUACUUAAUCUCAGAAAUGGCAACAUUCGAUAUCCUAAUCAGAUCUCUUCAAUGCAACAGAUGUCAAUAGCCAAAGAUUUAUAAUGUAAUCUAUAAUAAUAUAAUUUUAAUUUUAAUAAGUACUUAGCAAAAUAGCGGCGCUCGCCUAGUUGAGAGUGGAACGGACUGCCGAGACGAUUGUCCGCGGGUUUAAAACCCAAGGGCACACACCUCUGACUUUUGAAAAGUUAUGUAUUGAUACUUUGUGAAUUAUUGCUAGCUUUAAAGCUGAUGGAAAACAUCGUGAGCAAAUCUACAUAUCGGAGAAGUUCUUUACAAGAAUUGUAAGUCCGCCAUACCGCAAUACACCACCGCGGUGGACUAAGGUCUAAAAGCUGUCAGUAGUAGAGGAGGUCCGUGCCUAUUAAGUAAUUGCACAAAUAUAUUUAUUGAACCCUCAUACUUAUUCUUUACGUCAUAGAAAUAUUUGGGGUUCGUUUUUACACAACAGAGAAUGCCAAAUGAACUAUGUAUUUAUAAUAUUAUAACUGUAAAUACAGAACCAAAAGUGUGAGAGAGACAAAACGACCAUGCGGCCUUUGCAACAGAUAUAUCUAAUGACAGCCUUAUACACUUGCGGAAAAGAGACAGUUAUUGAUCGCGCAGUCGCUUCGUCUCUCUCUAGAGGUUAGUUUCAUUCCCAAUGAUUAUCAAAGUUCUCUUUCGAGAAACAAAUAAUUGCCAAACAGAUAAACCUAAAAUAUUUUAUCUGAAUGCUAUGUAAAUAUUUUUACGAUCUCCAACGAAAGACCCAGAGAUGCAAGUUACUCAUCAUUGCCUUCUAUCAAACAGUGAAACUAAUUUUAACAUGUACCGUCACCCACAAAAGUAUGAAUAAAUUAAAAACCUAAAAAUGCUACUCGUUAUCUUGUUUCUGUGUUUAAAAUAAAGUUAACCCUGUGAAGUUUAUUUUAGUGAAAGCAAAACGAUUAUUGAUAC